GUACAGUAAUCACUUUUUUAAACAAUUCGAAAGUAGAAUUUUAGGGUGCAUAGGUAAAUUAUGUUCAUAAAAUUCAAACAUUUAUCGAGCUAUAAACAGCAUCUUACUGAAACAGAUGCAGAGAGGAUAAAUCAGAUAAUAUCAAAGUCAUAUGAUGAUGCUGACUGGAUUUUAAAAAAGUAUUCAAAAAAGGAGUAAUAAUGUUGCGAUUACCAUUAGUAACAAACGAUGAAUUCGUUUCUGUUGAUCAAUUUUGGUCAGCCUUACUACUUUAUCAUGAACGGCCCCACAUAGCUAAUCGAAGAAUAAUAGGUGCAUCGCAGAUUUUUUUUAUGAAAGUGCAAUUCAAAAGUAAAUGUGUUAAAAGAAUAACUGAACUUUUUACGUUCUCAGCUCUUAUCUAUGAAAUAAGAAAAAUGGAAAAAUUAAGUAAAGAAUAUGUUAAACCUGAUUUCAUUAAGUCAAUACUUGAACCGUAUGAUAAGAAAUGUGAAUUAAAGGAAUCUUCUGUGGAUGAGUUUCUGAAUUGUCAAAAUGGUACAUUUAUAUCUGUACGAAUUUUGCUACCAAGACAAAACAACUAUAAGCAAAAUGUAGAAGUGGUUGUUUUUGACAAAAAUGAAAACUUAAAUGUUGUUACUUUUUUUUCUGUUGCUGAAAGGAAUGAAAAAAUAGCUGCUCCAGUAUUUCCUUAUGAUAUAGAAUUUUUACCUCCUGGAAUCAUUAAUGUAUGUGUAGAUUGUAUAGAAUACGCAGAGACAGUCAGUGCUGAUUGGUUAGUUGGUGUACUAUUUCCUAAACUAAUGAAAUGGGCCAAGGAAUCUGCAUUCAAAUUAGAUGUAAAAAAUUCACUGUCUUUGGUUAAUAUUGACUUGUAUAGCAAUCUAUACCACUCAUUAAAAGAAAAGUAUGGGAAACAGAUUGUGCAGAUGUGGCCUGAAAAAACAGACCCUUACAAAUAUGUGUAUGAAGAUAUUGCUAUUGCAUCAUAUCUGAUUGCUUUGUGGACCAAAUAUGAUCCUGAUCAUAAGCCUAGUUUUGUAGAUUUAGGUUGUGGAAAUGGACUGUUGGUCCAUAUACUAAAUGAAGAAGGAUUUGAGGGCUACGGAGUAGAUGUCCGAAGUAGAAAAAUUUGGAGUUUUUAUCCUGAUACAACAAAAUUGAAGGUGCAAGCAUUAACUCCGUCGGCGGAUUCCUUAUUUCCUCAAACAGAUUGGAUCAUUGGAAAUCAUUCUGACGAACUUACUCCUUGGAUACCCGUUAUUACUGCGAGAAGUUCAUACAAUGCAAAAUUCUUUUUACUUCCUUGUUGCAGUUACGAAUUCGAUGGUAAAAAGUUUCAACGAAAAAACACUUCAAAAAGUCAAUACGCUGAUUACCUCGAUUAUAUUGAGGGUGUUUCCAAAAUUUGUGGUUUAAUCGUAGCAAAAGACAGAUUACGAAUACCUUCAACUAAAAGGACUUGUUUGGUGUCAUAUAAACGUUGUUACAAACCCGAAAUGUUUCCUGAAAUUGAUAAUAAUAUAUCAAAGGUUAUUAAGGAGAAAAUCGACUGUAAGAAUGUUAACGAAACUAGUGAACGAUGGAUAGAAAAUUACGAAACUAGACCUGAAACUGAGAAAGUUCGUAAUUGUACGAAGAUUGAUAAAGAUAUUGUUCAGUCAAUUUUAAAACAGAUAUCAAUAGAAUUGCUGAAAGAAGAGGAUUUUUUAAUAAAAUCUGAUGGUAGUAAAUGGAACAGGGGAAAAAAAGAAUCCUUUCCAAAUUUAGCUAAGCGAAUUAGUCCUGAAUAUUUGAAGGAACUUAAAAAACAAUGUGGAGGGUUACAAACACUAAUUAAAAACAAUAAAUAUUUGUUUCUAAUUGAAAACGGUUUCGUACAGUUUCGUGUUCCACCCUUUUUUGAUAUAAAUAAUGGUAAACACAAAUCUAAGUAUUGUUGGUUUCAUGAAAACCAUCCACAUGGUUGUUAUUACAAUGAUAGUAGUUGUUCUUAUAAACAUUAAUUUAUUGCUAGUAAAGUGUAAGUAAAUAAAAUGGUUUUUAAUGCAUAA